UGAUUACGAUCAGUGCGCGUGAAUUUACACUUGAAGAACAUUAAAGUGUUUCUAUGACGUCACAGACACUCAUUAUUCAGAUCUGCCGGUCAUCUGUAAAUUUCUCCUCCGGUAAAUAUUUACAUCAUCAUUCAGAUGUCUCCGUUAAUUAACCCGGCAGACAGUUUUCGUGCCUGUAGUGUCUUUAUUAUGUUGAAGUUUCGUUGUAAAAGGGCUCGUUCGGUCAGCGCAUGAAUUCAUCUGCGCGUUUAUUCCGUGUGUGUCGGUAACGGGGAUCAUAAAGCCGUUUGUAAUUCCACAGUGAAACGGUUUGAGAGAGAAAACUGACCGACGUCUUCAUCAUCUUCAUCACCGACAGCAGCUCCCGCGUGUUUUAUCCGCAUCGUGAGCACCGCUUAUCAAGAACAACCAUAACUACAAACAAUUGCAUGAGGGAUUCACAUCGAUCUCAAACCCUCACCACUCAGGAACAACAGCAGCAACAACAACAAUCAAUUGCACUUAAGAUGAUCGAGUGCGUGACCUCUGACAUGUAAAUGGCGUCUAAAGUGCGUGAUGCAGUGCUGUGGUACCAGAAGAAGAUCGGUGCGUAUGAUCAGCAGAUAUGGGAGAAAUCAGUAGAACAGCGCGAGAUCAAGGGUCUGAGGAACAAGCCGAAGAAGACGGGUCAUGUGAAGCCUGACUUGAUUGAUGUGGAUCUGGUCAGAGGUUCUGCGUUUGCAAAGGCGAAGCCCGAGAGUCCGUGGACAUCUCUGACCCGGAAGGGCAUUGUCCGUGUGGUCCUCUUCCCGUUCUUCUUCUGCUGGUGGAUUCAGGUGACAUCCAGAGGCGUGUUUAAUCUGCUGCUGUCGCUCUACCUGCUGCAAGUGUUUGCGGCUCUGUUGUUCUUCAGUAUCUCGAGUGUUCAUGGUGUUCCAGUGACGGAGGUGUUCGGUUCCUUCUGGCUGAUGUUGCUGUUAGGAACCGUUCACUGUCAGAUCGUCUCCACACACACACCCAAAACCAGCAGCAGCAGCGGCAGCAGCGGAAAGAGACGCAGGAAGUUGAGAAAAGCAGCUCAUUUGGAGAUUCAUAGAGAAGGCGACGGCUCUAGCACUACCGAUAACACACAGGAGGGGACGCCGCACGGCUCUGUGUCUGCCGGCACGCGUGGCUUCACCUCUUUCCUCAGAGAUCUCUGCUGUGAUCUCUUUAAAGCGGGCAGGUCUAAAAAGUCAAAGCUGUCGGUGGAUAAAUCUACAGAGACGGAUAACGGUUACGUGUCUCUGGAUGGUCGAGUCACCAGUAAAAGCAGCGAGGAGGGUUUACAGCUGCACGAACCGCACUGCGACCUGCUGCGACCCGACAACACAUGCUGGAACCUGCAGCACACCAGAAACAACCUGAAACUGCCCCCUACAGGACAGUGUCUGUCAGAGGCUGCGGUUCCUCGCGGUGUGAAGAACAUUUCUGAUGAAGCGUCCAGUGAAGAAGAUCCAGAUAACUACAGCACCCUCCGCAGCAAGACCAGCGACUGCACACUGCGCAACAGAAAAGCUGAUCAUUACAAAAAACACACGUACACAACUGAGGAAAUACUCAAGUCCGGCACCAGCUGCAGUUCUCACUGUUCCAGCUCGCGGACGCAGGAUUCAGAGAGCGCACGCCACGAGUCUGAGACUGAAGACGUGUUGUGGGAAGAUUUCCUGCACUGCGCCGAGUGUCGCUCGUCCUGCACCAGUGAGACGGACGCGGACGGAUCGGCCGUCUGUUCCUCGUCCAAGAAAGAGUUCAGAGACGAUCCGUUUCAUCAGGGUCACGCGCCGUGGCUGCACAGUUCAAACCCCGGACUGGAGCGCGUCAGCGCCAUCGUGUGGGAGGGAAACGAGUGUAAGAAAGCCGACAUGUCUGUGCUGGACAUCAGCGGAAUGAUCAUGAACAAAGUGAAUCUGUACACUCCGGGGAUCGGCUAUCAGAUCUUUGGGAAUCUGGUGUCUGUGGCUCUGGGUUUGACUCCAUUUGCGUUCAGAUUGUUCCAGUAUAAAGAUGCAGAGCAGCUGUCGUCGCUGUCGGCCGUUGAGGUCGUGUCCAUCGCCUUCGGCUCCUCGGGUGACGUCCUGGUGAUCGUCAUGGUGACUGUAAGCUGUGUGGUGCGUGUGUGUCUCAUCUGGCUGUUCUUCUUCCUGCUCAGUGUCGCAGAGAGAACUUACAAGCAGCGGCUGUUGUUUGCAAAGCUGUUCGGUCACUUGACGUCGGCGCGGAGAGCCAGAAAAUCUGAAGUGCCUCAUUUCCGUCUGAAGAAGGUGCAGAAUAUAAAGAUGUGGCUUUCACUGCGUUCUUACCUGAAGAGACGAGGUCCUCAGCGCUCUGUGGAUGUGAUCGUGUCCUCUGCGUUUCUUCUGACUCUGUCUGUGGUGUUUAUCUGCUGCGCUCAGUUGUUGCAUGUUCACGAGACGUUUCUGGAGUUUCAUUAUAACUGGGAGCUGAUGAUCUGGUGCGCAUCGCUGUCGCUGUAUCUGCUGCGAUUUGUUACACUCGGAUCUGAGACCAGCAAGAAAUACAGCAACACCUCCAUAUUACUCACAGAACAGAUCAAUUUGUACUUGAAAAUGGAGAAGAAACCAAAUAAGAAAGAAGAGCUGACACUCGUCAACAACGUUCUCAAACUGGCCACCAAAUUAUUAAAGGAGUUGGACGCUCCGUUUUGUUUGUACGGUCUGACGAUGAACCCGCUGCUGUACAACAUCACUCAGGUGGUGAUUCUCUCGGCCGUGUCAGGGGUCAUCAGUGACCUGUUGGGCUUCAACCUGAAGCUGUGGAAGAUCAAAUCAUGAAGUCCGUCUGCAGAUUUCAGCUUCCUGACAAUGAACUCUGACCCUGUUGUCAGGACGUAUCAGAGUGACUGUGUUACGUUUCACUUGUGCAAUUCACUCACUUAUUUAUUUGACCCUUUCAGUGUUUUUAUACUCAAGUAUUUGUUUUAGCUGUUACAAUUGUUUUUAGGAUUGUUGCUCUGGAUGAGAAGUUCUCAUCAGACUGUGACGUCAACAUUCACCCAGUUACACACGUGUGGUUUAAUCUAUACAGUCGCAGCAGAUACUUAAGAUCAUCUGCACAUUGAGAGUAAAAUCUGACGGUGUAAUUCAAUGAAACCAAAAGUUCUAAGAGAAAUUGAAAAAGAGUUUUGGGUGAGAGUGACACACACACAGCUGGAAUAGUCUAAAGCGAGAAUACUGUCAUGUGUGUGUGAGUGUGAUUGUGUGUGUGUUGUGUGUGAGUGUGUGUGGGAGUGUGUAUGUGUUGUGUGUGUGUGUGUGUGAGAGUGUGUAUGUGUUGUGUGUGUGUGUGUGAGAGUGUGUAUGUGUUGUGUGUGUGUGUGUGUGUGUGAGAGUGUGUAUGUGUUGUGUGUGUGUGUGUGAGAGUGUGUAUGUGUUGUGUGUGUGUGUGUGUGUGAGAGUGUGUAUGUGUUGUGUGUAUGUGUUGUGUGUGUGAGAGUUUGUGUGUGUGUGUGUGAGAGAGUGUGUAUGCGUUGUGUGUGUGUGUGUGUGUGAGAGUGUGUAUGUGUUGUGUGUGUGAGAGUGUGUAUGUGUUGUGUGAGUGUGUGUAUGUGUUGUGUGUAUGUGUGUGUGUGUGUGUGAGAGUGUGUAUGUGUUGUGUGUGUGUGUGUGAGAGUGUGUAUGUGUUGUGUGUGUAUGUGUGAGAGUGUGUAUGUGUUGUGUGUGUGUGAGUGUGUAUGUGUUGUGUGUGUGUGUGAGAGUGUGUAUGUGUUGUGUGAGAGUGUGUAUGUGUUGUGUGUGUGUGUAUGUGUUGUGUGUGUCGUAUGUGUUGUGUGUGUGUGUGUGUGAGAGAGUAUGUAUGUGUUGUGUGUGUGUGUAUGUGUUGUGUGUGUGUGUGAGAGUGUGUAUGUGUUGUGUGUGUGUGUGUGUGUGAGUGUGUGUAUAUGUUGUGUGUGUGAGAGUGUGUAUGUGUUGUGUGUGUGUGUGUGUGUGUGGGAGAGUGUGUAUGUAUGUGUGUUUGAGAGUGUGUGUGUGUGUGUGAGUGUGUAUGUGUGUGUGUGAGAGUGUGUGUGUUGUGUGUAUGUGUUGUGUGUAUGUGUGUGUGAGUGUGUGUGAGUGUGUAUGUGUUGUGUGUAUGUGUGUGUGUGUGUGUUGUGUGUAUGUGUGUGUGAGAGUGUAUGUGUAUGUGUUGUGUGUAUGUGUGUGUGUGAGUGUGUAUGUGUUGUGUGUAUGUGUGUGUGAGAGUGUGUGUGUGUGUGAGUGUGUAUGUGUGUGUGUGUGUGUGUGUGAGUGUGAGUGUGUGUUAUCAGGGUUAGUGAGCUGAUCUGUUAGUGUAAAUCUAGUCUUCAUCACAAGAUGUUUUUAAGAGUUUGUUUGAAUGACGGUCUAAAGAGUUUUUCAGCAAUAACUGUCAGUGAGUUUCUGCUUGAAAUGAAUGUGUCUGUAGAUGAUUUUGGUGCUUCAUGUCUUCUGUAACUGACACACACUCCAUGGGUCUGUUUAAGUGUGUGUGUGUGUGUUUUCUCAGAAGUGUCCCGCUGCAGUAGGAACACAUCAAAAUGUGCACUUUAAAGCAGAAAAUGUUACGUUUCAAUGUCUAAAGCAUCUCAGUGUUUUGUGUGUAAUGUGGACGGUCAGCAAUACGACCAAAGUGUUUUUAUAUUUUUCCUGCAUAUGAAUGUAUUUAGAAGAGACUUGUUACUCUUUGGUUCGUAAAGAGGAUUUGUAUUUUGUGUGUGUGAUUUUGUUGCUGUUUUUGGCUUUAAUUCAAAUAGACGCUCACAUUUCUGUAUUUAUGGGAGAACAAUGUUACAAAAAAAGCACUUUGAGGAAAAAGAGAAAUCUGGAAAAACUCAGUGUCUCAUUUACUCUUCAGAGUGAAUAUUGUUUUUUUAUUGAAAAAUGCUUUUCAUCUGGUCUGUUUUUGUUUCUGAUGAGUUUGAAAGUGCUGUAAUUUCUUAAUUUCCACAGACAGAAUGAAGAUUUGGCCAGACGACACUCGACUCGUGACUAUAGUGUGUGUGUGGGAUCAUUGUUAUACCUUAAAUGUCCUCUGUACAAAAAUUAAACUCAUGACAUGCUAUUUUUGCUCAGACAACCAAACAUUUAACGACCCAAACUGAGAACAAAUGAUUGAACAAGAACCAUAAAUAAAGUUUGUCAAUACGCCCCA